AUAAUGGGCGUGUCUGUUAGACUAUAUUAGGACCCGCGGUCAGCUGUAGGGAGCGUUGUCUGGGUUUGUAUCUGAUGCUCGAGGAGAAAAAGACAUUUGAGGACAAAUACAUCACCUGUAAAGGAGGUCAUUAAGAAGAGGAUAUUAUGGAGCUCAUCAUCAAAGUCCUGAGUGGGGAAACAAAGACCGUGCAAGUGAAUCCAGGUGACACGAUUGGUGCACUCAAGCAAAAAGUCGCCCAAAUCUUUAAUGCAAGACCUUCACGGCUGAGGCUUUCUGUCACCAAUGGGUGUGUCGUGCAGCUGGACAAUGACCAGGAGACUGUGAGCAGUUAUGGUCUGAGUUCAGGGGCCACGGUGAUGCUGCUGAUCUCCAUGACUCCCGUGCCGCUUCAGGUGUUUGUGAAGAAUGAGAAGGGACAGAUGAAGACAUAUGACGUCACUGACGAUGAAACCGUUGAUCAGUUGAUGAAAAAGGUACGCCAAAAAGAAGGAGCACCAGAGGACCAGCAGCGGCUGAUCUACAGCGGUCGACAGCUCGAAUCUGGCAGGAAGCUGCAGGAUUACGGCAUUGUUUCUGGAAGCACCAUUCAUAUGACCCUCCGUCUGCGUGGAGGCUGAUGGCACAGAAAAACAUGGAGAUCAUUUUAGCCUAAAAAAAUAAUUUAAUGUGAUUCCUUUUGUAAUGUCUGUUACUUUCUAAUUGCACUCAAUUGGUUCUCCUUUUCAGACUCUUUUCAGAGAGUCACUUUCUGCAGUAUUCUUUCUUAUUUCAGUAUCCAACUUUCCAAUAUUCAUACAAUUGUAUUACAUUUGCUUGCUUCAACAGUUACAUUUUUGGUUUUAGAAUAUUUAAUUAGCACAUAGUAGAAAUAAUUUAAGAAUAAUGUAAAAAAUAUAUAUAUAUAUUUUUUUUGUGUGUAAUUGCUAUCUGGGCAAACACUCAGCUGUUAAAAGAUUACAGUAAAAUGUGAUACAAUUACUGAUUUUAAAUUGUUAAUUACUUGCUGUAAUACUAUAAAAGAUUAAAUUAAGUGUGAUAGUUUAUUUUGUUAUGGGUCUUGUAAGUGAAUUAAUUUAAUUUCAAUUUAAAUACAUAUAUUUAUUAAAAUGUCUGAA